AUGUUCGAGAAGCUAGCGUGCUGGCUGGUCUGCUCGGUAUGGGUGGUGAAGGUGGCCGGCUGGACCGACGACCCAGUCACUCUGCACAUCGGCGGCACUUUUCCGAUGGAGUCCGGCUCCGGCGGAUGGGCCGGCGGAGAGGUUGAUUUGUGAAUUUGAGAGCAAAAAAAUAGUCAAAAUAUGAACGAAGAACCUCAAGAUCGGCGAAUCUGUUUUUCAGCGUUCGAAACGACUUCCGAAAACUUCCUUCAUUUCAAAGCCUAAUCUGUAAAAAAAAUUUCAAAUGUUUUUUCGAAUGAACUUCAGAAUAGAAGAAGAGCGGAAAACGGAUUUCCAAAACUCAGAAUUUAACACUUUAACAAAAGUUUUCUCAACUUCGAAAAAAAUUUGAGGUAACACCGGUUUAUCCGAAUUUUACUUCGUUCUCAAGUUUUAGUCAGAAAAAUUGGUAAUUUCGACCUACCAGACCCUAUAAUCUCUCUCAUGUCACCAAAGAUGUACUGUUAUAGUUUUUUCUUCCUAUCAUUUUCCGAAAAAAAAGUUGCUAUAGAAAAAUCCCAAAUCAAAGAGUUCAGCUACCUUCGUCUUCAACUUAGAGGAACAUGAAAAACUUUUUUCAAAAUCCAACUUUUGCUCUUUGACUUUUUCACGGCGUUUUCCCAAAGUUUAGCGCGAUCCCAGCUCAUUUCAAGGAUUUCAUUACUUAUUUACCACCAACCUCGUCUUCUCACAUAGAGAAUAAUUGUUUUGAGGGGUUCUUCGAGCGUUUUUCAUCGUUUCCUACUCUCAUUUGAUUUUUCAUUCACUUUUUUUUUCUGAAUAAAGGGGUUUGUAAAAAGUUUUCUUGUAAUAAUUGUGGGAACAGUAAUAUCAGGAUUGAAAUUCUUAUACAAUGAAGAUCGGUUUAGUUUGCGCCUGGGAUUUUCCUAAAACUUGGCUAGAACACUCCUUGAUGAACGAAAAGAGAAUUCUGAAAUUCUGAACUUGUUUAACUUUCUAAUUUCUCGAAAUUAACGGUCUAAAAUCCCGAACUUCCUGGACUUUGAGAAUUAUCCCGGACUUUGAGGAUUUUCUUUGAUUUCGAAAUGAAAAUUAUCGAAAAUGAGAAAGUCUUGCAACUUCAUACUUCCAAGGUCUCUAUCUGGUUUCUCAAGAAGUCUUCCGGGCAGUUUUUAGAAAAUUCCUAACCGCAAAGUAAGACAACUAUCCUUAUAAGGGCAUGGAAAAAAAGCGUCCCGUAAAAGUUUCAUAACUGUUUUCCACGCUUGCUCAAGUUUGAAUGUUUCUAGGCAUGCUUACCAGCCGUUCAAAUGGCUCUUGAAGACGUCAACAGCCGAUCUGACGUCCUUCCCGGGUACAUCUUGCACAUGAACACCAGCAACUCCAAGGUUUUUUCAGUUUCUUUUUUUUUUUUUGAGUUUCAAUUUUGUCCCCCCAACUUCACUUUCUGUGGUAGACUUUCAGCUUUCAUCUUUGAUAAAACAAAAAGUUCAAUAAAUAUAAAGUUUAUGAAACUUGAAGAAAGGUUUGAUAACACGGUCAUUGAACGGAGAUACCGUCUUGUUCAUUUUAUUUUCUCAGUUUAUUGAAUGUCAAGUGUUACCGUCUUAUGUAGUUCAGAAACCUAUGCAGCUGCUUCGAAAUUUCAGCAAAAAUCGACUUGCUUUUGAUCAAUAUGGAUUAUUAAUUUUCCAGUGCCAACCAGGUCUUGCCAUGCAACAACUCUACGAUUUUCUGUACACACCUCCGACAAAACUUAUGCUUCUGACAGGAUGUAGUCCUGUCACAACCGUCAUCUCGGAAGCAGCUCCUGUUUGGAAGCUUGUAGUGGUUAGUUUUAGUUUUGAAAAUCAUCUUCUUUCUCGUUUUUUGUUUUUACAGAAUCAUCUUAACGAUUUUUGUAGUUUUAUCCUGGUAUUCACGAACCGUGCUUGAAAUACUUUUUUUCUGAAGAGAAAGAGUUGAGAUGUUUUUUUAAAGCAGAGAAGAACAACCCAGUCUUUUCUUUUCUUUUCACUUCACUAAUAAAAUACUGUAAAGAAGAUAAUUGGUUUAUGUUAUUGGACCAAUUGAAUAAACUCAGCGAAUCAAGGCAAGCAUUUCAAAAUUGCGAGAGAAGAUUGCAUAAAAAACUACCAUUUUUUGAUACUCUUGAUCGCUGGCGCUGUUUUUUUGUCUCUCACUCGAAUUGAGCCUAAUUUAGAAGCGAAAAAGGCGACAGCCUGAGAAGAAAUCGUCAUUUUGAGGGGCACACUUUAUACGGCCUUUUGUUGCAUAAAUAGUGAUUUAUUUGCAUAAAAAGAGCCGUAGGGCGACCGGCGGAUGAUGAAUUGCCCCCAGCGGUGCUAUUCGUUGUUGCGCGGAAACGAGAUUGUGCCAAAUUGCCGUGUCUUCUGAGGAAGUUUCGCGGACAUUCAGAUGACGUACACUUUGGAAAAUGUUUUGAACUGAAAAGAUGAGAAUGGACUCAAAAAUGAGGGAUGGGUUGCAAAAAAAGAUGAGGAUUUGCUGAAGAAGUUUGACCUGUCAAGAACGACUCAAAAAAAAUAAGAACACUUUCUCUAAAUUUCAUCGAAAAUUUUGCCUUUUCUCUUUUCAAAUGAGUACAUGAUCUUUACUGGUUUCAAGAGCAUUUGUAGUCAAAUUUCAGAGAAAAAACUGAACCCAAUAAAAUGUGUUCCAGAUAUCGUAUGGAGGCAGUUCACCAGCCUUAUCAAAUCGUGAACGAUUUCCUACUCUUUUCCGAACUCAUCCAUCGGCAAACAUGCAAAAUCCGACAAGGUUCGUAUUCACACAUCAAUUAGCUCAUAAGUACCUUCACUGUUUCAGAAUCCGCAUUAUGGAAAAGUUCAAGUGGAAAAAGAUCACCAUUCUCAUGUCGGUGGAGGAAGUCUUCACAGCGACCGCAAAAGACUUGGAAGUAAGUAUUGCAUUUUGGAACACGUUCCAAAAAUGAUAUGAACGCAAUUGGAUUCUAUGAAAUUGAAGAAUUUGGCUCGCCGCAAAGGUAUUCGAGUGGAGCGGCAGAGUUUUUACGGGGAUCCGACGGACGCAAUGAAAACGCUUCUUCGGCAGGACGCUCGCAUCAUUAUUGGGUUAUACUACGUCACUGAAGCGCGGAAGGUUCUUUGUCAGGUGAGUUACUUCGCUUUGAGGCAGUUUGAUGGAAAACUUGUAAACAAUGUUCGAAAAAAGUUUAGAAACUGUUACUGGAACAAAAGAUGUCGAAGUGGAGAUAAAAAUUCAGAAUUCGGCUCGGCGAAAAAAAUGUUGAAAACAUUUAACAAACUUUUUUUAUCGUCGAAGAAGAUAAUGAUGAAUAAUUAUAGCGCAAAAUCGAAAACCUUCAUUUCAAAAAGUUGUAAUAACUUAUCUUAAAAAAAUUUGAAACAAAAAAAUGAAAAAUUGUCUAAAUUUGAGGUUAUUACGAAAUUGAGACAAAAAUUUUUUUGAAUUUUUCUUUAUGUCCAGUAGUGUGUGAUAAAGAAGCAAAACUUUUUGCAGAUUCCAAAAUAUCAAAAAAAUACCAAAACUACUUAAAAGAGAAAUCGUGAAUCAAAAAAAUUUCGUAUAAAAAAAGAGGAAAUUGCACAAUUCCGAACAUUUCAAGACGAAAAAUUCAAAAUUUUACAUUUUAUUUUUUCUCUUUUUUUAGGCUUAUCAUCACGGGUUAUAUGGUAGAAAACAUGUAUGGUUUUUAAUUGGUUGGUACGCCGACACGUGGUACAUUCCACCGCCAGACGAGCAUCUCAACUGUACAGCUGAGCAGGUUUGCGAUUUGAAAGGAAUUUUUUGAAUUGGGAGACCUAACGAAAUGGUUUCGAAAGUUUUUUAAAAAGUUUUGCGAUACGACUCGAAAAAUUUAAAGUCUAACCUCAAGAGUCCGUAUGGAAAGAGAAAAGUUCAGAACUAAGAGAUGUUUUGAUUAUUGUUUGAGAACUGAAAAACCGUUCAAAAUUACCUCAAUUACUGUAAUAUCAUUCUUCAGAUGGCGAAAGCGGCGGAAUACCAUUUCACAACGGAAAGUGUGAUGCUGUCCAGAGACGAUAAUCCAGCCAUCUCCGGCAUGACGGGGAAGCAGUUCCAAAAACGGCUUGCACUACGUCUACAAAAAGAAACGGACAAUGUUGGCGAUGUGGGAGGCUUCCCCGAGGCUCCGCUUGCUUAUGAUGCCGUUUGGUGAGCUUUUUUUGUUGCAAUUUUGAAGGAAUCAAAAUGGUUUUGCGAUUCUUUUCAAGAGUCCGAAUUUUUAUGAAUUAUUUGAAUCCUUCGCCAGAUAUUUCUUUUCUUUGAAGAGUGUAUUUCCAACACCGCCUCCGCAGGAACUGUAAAAAAUAAAAAAUAAAACUCCCCGAAACAUAAGUUAUGUCCUAACUUUCGAUCCAGGGAAGAAAAUGAUUCGAGAAUACUUUCUGUUAGUAUAUAUUUCUAUUAAUACUUUUUUGCCAGCCCGAAGGCUGGCUGUUCCAAGAAUGGAUCACUUUUAGCUGAGACUGAGUCUCACCCAGAAGGCGCCACGCGGAGGCAGCGAUCCGAGCCUUCCUGCUAUGAUGUUGGUUGAAAUGGUAAUAGCGACUGUGCAGAGUCGCCGUCCUCUUAUAAGGAUUCCGCUGUCCCGACUCGCACCGGCUUACGCCUAGUCAUAUCUUUUAACAUGCGAACGUCUUGUUAUACAGCCAUCCAUCGGAGAAACUAGUUUUUUUGAGAUACUUUCCAUUAUUAUUUCUAUUAAAAAAAACAGUUGAAAUGCUCGACAACCCGGACUAUUUGUGAUUAGGACGCAUAAAAGUGGAAAAAUUACGACCUGAGAUUGGAAAGAAAGUACAAAGUGAAUUAUUAAUUAUUCAGUACUGUAAAGCAUGUAUAAAAUAAUAUAAAUUUAGUCUUUGUUUUUGAUUUUCUUGAACUGAAAACAUGUGUUUAAAUUUUUGUUAUUAAUAAUAAAUUUAGCUUUUUUUGACCCAAAUAAAUCAUUUACUUUUUCAGGGCUCUGGCCUUGGCUUUCAACUGCACUCGACAACAUCUUCCACUGGGAGUGAAGUUGGAAGACUUCUCCUAUACCAACCAGAUGAUGGCCUCCACCUUGUUCCAAUGUGUUAAAAAUACCUCAUUUCGAGGCGUUUCGGUAACUUUUGAAGCGCAUCAUGAUCACUCAUUUGUUGUAUUUGUAGGGUAAAGUGAUGUUUUCUGACUCUGGUGAUCGAAUAGCCAGAACGCAAAUCGAGCAAAUGCAAAGUACCAUCGGAAGGAAAAGAACAGAAAAAAGAGUUCACAUUUUUCAGACGGAAAAUAUAAGAUCAUGGGAUAUUACGACGCGACUUCCGGAGAAGUGGAGUGGUACGGUAAUGAGAAAUGGUUCUCGAUAAAAGGUCCACCUCCGGAUUCGACGAUUAUCCAACGGGCGAUGUUGACCGUCAGUCAGAAAGUGAGCUUUAAAUUCAUUUCAGAGUUGAAAAACGUCCUUUGAGCCAUAUCUUCUAGACUUUAUCGACGAAAAAAUCUUCUUUUUUCAAGAUCCGAAAAUGAUUCAAGAUUUGAAAAAUAAAUGGAGUAUAUCAAAAUAAAAAUUUUUCAAAAAGUAAAAUAAUUUUCCAGGAAUCUUAACUUUCCAAAAAAAUUAAUCUAUCGUGAAUAAAGUCCUCCUGAACUGGUUCCGAAGAAAAAAACUUUUUGAAAACAAACGACCUCCAAACAUUUCUAAGUGUUACGUCAUGUCUCUGAAAAACGAGAAACAGUAAUUUCAUCUAUCGAACAUUUUUAUUCACAAUUUUUUUAGUACCUAAAUACAGUGAGAGUUCAAAAAGAAAAAAUUUUGGGAUCCCGAAAAUUAUCCGAAAAAGAUAAACUGAAACUUUUUCCCAGGUCUACUACCCUGCCAUUCUUUUCGCCACCCUAGGAAUUAUUCUCUGCGCUGCGAUCUACACGUUUACCAAAAAACACGCUAGUCGAUUGUGAGUUUUCUUAUUAACUUUUUACCAUACAAUCUUUUUCCAGAAUACUGAUCCAGUCUCAACCAGAAUGCAACAAUAUGUUGAUUGCUGGCUGUUCUCUUUGCCUUUUUGCCCUUUUCCUCCUUGGUUUGCCUUCUGAUGAUUUUGCCAUUCCUGAAGCUGCUUUUUCGUUUCUGUGUCAUGUGAGUUGGAUACUUCCUUCAGUUAAAAAAAUAUUCACAUAAAAACAAAAAAAUGACUUAUUUCGAGUUAAUUGUGGAAACUCAACAAUUUCGAGAAUUAUAAAAAAAGUUUUUUUAAAUCAAGUAAAAGUUUAAAAAAACGUUUGAAUAGAAAGUUAUUGAUUUAAUCGAGAAAAAAAGCUAUUCAAAAAAAGUUUUAUCUUUUGAUGAAAGAAGUCCUGAAGCGUGUUUCAAAAAAGUUACUUCAAUUUUUUAGUUUUCCUGUGGAAAAUGUUAAUGUUUGAAGACGAAAAGUCCCCUCGAUAUUCCCUCAAACUUUAUCUUUUCCAGGCUCGUAUCACUAUUUUACUUUUCGGUUUCACAUUUGCUUACGGGUCCAUGUUUGCAAAAGUUUGGAUAGUUCAUCGAAUGGGAGCCACGCAAAACCAACAACUGGCUAGUCGACAAAAAGACGAGGUUUUUUCACUUCCGUUCAGUUUUCCGAUUCCAUCGGUUUUUUUCCAAGUUUUUCAAGUUUACUAGAAUUUAAUGUUCUCAAAUCGAAAUCAACAUUGUUUCAGGUUUUCGUCCAUUUGUAUAACAUUUGUCUUCCGUUCCGAGUGUUUCUUCCUUUCUUUAAUUUAUCUGAUUUUGAGAGUUCUGCGCCAUUUUCAUUUGAUUUCUUGCUUUUUUUCUAUUUUCAAACGCUUCGACUAAUCAAUAUUUCCAGUACAAGCCAUUACUCAGUAAUUAUUCGGAGAAGGUGAGUGGCGAAUGAAGAAUGCUCGAAAAUAUCUUUUUUCUUACAUUAUGUCCCUUUUCUCUUGAUUUUUUAGUGACUUAUGCUCUCUUUUCUAGUCUUUUCUUUUGUCUCUCGAUGAUUUGGCACGAUUUACGCGUCGUGGAUGAUGAUGAUGGUGAUUUGUUCUUCGAAUGCUUCGCUAGCUAUAAAAACAAUUAGAUCCUUAUUUUUUCCUUUUUUCCGUUUUGUCCUUUUCGUGGAAGUUUUAUUUGUUCAUGGUUUACUGUAAUGUUCUCAAGGUUUUUGAACGAAAAGAUCAGAUCCGAUGUUUUUGUCCAGUAGAGCAAUUUUUUAUCAAAAAUUUUUCCUGGAAGAUUCUUGAUGUUUAUAGAGAAGACGACUUUCUCGACGAUUUCAUGAAUUCACUAUGGUUUGUUUUUCAUUUUUUUAAUCAUGAUUCUCUUAGAACUUAUUUCAUCUUUCUUUCAGAUUAUUUUUGAGAAAAAAAUCAAUUUGUUUCAAAAACAAACAGAAAUAUUUUCUAAUUUCCCCUAUCAAAGUCUUGGACCCCGUAAAAAAAUCACUGCUUAUUAAGAUUCACAGCUGUUGCACGGAGUCAUUUCUGCUUUUGAGACCAUUCAAUAAAAACUGUACUCACAAGUUAAUCCUGUGUUAUCUCCGCUUUUCAAAGUUCAUAGAGCGAGAAAACUAUUUUGCGUACUCCAUUUACCGCUGACUUGAGGUUCAACGAAGGAUUUUAUAUUUAUUCUCAUCACAGAGUUUCUGCAUUGGACAUUUUCUGUGAUACCUCAAUGCAGCGGCUGCUGGAAAGUAGAGAAAUAACGAUAAUUUAAAAAGCCUUCAUAAUUUUAAAUCUUAAGCCAGCCAGCGGUCUUUUUAUAGAAAACUUCAUGGAAAGUUUUUGCAAUAAUUCUCAAGAGCCUGGAAGAUUUCACCAAUAAAAUCAAAGCUGAUCUUUAAAAACCCUCAACUACAAACUCUACCGUGUACCCAUUUUUCUCAUUUAUUUUUUUUGAUUUUCAUUCUCUAGCUUUGUAUAGCUCUAGAAGUGCCUAGAUUUGAAGCUGAUAACAAUAAAUCGAAACAAUCGGUGGAUGGUUUGGCAGGAAGAGGGAACUCCUUGGGAAGGCAUCCGGACGCUCAUUUCGACGAUGGUCGGCCGCCAGAGCUACGCAACUCGCAAAGCGUCGGGACAAGCCUACGGCGCCCUUCUCGAAAAACGCAAUACCUUGCUAAAUCAGGUGUCUAAUUCAACACAACGACUGUAGUCGGCUAACCAGUUGCAACUUUUUCUUUUUUCCAUUUUCUUGCGCUAACCGUUGUGCAUCCGGAGUGAGAGGUUUUUUUUACACUUUUUUUUAUUUUCACAGUUUUUCAAUUUUGUCCUGUCAUUCAGGUUAGAACUAUGGGAAGAGAUUUCGAAUGAUACAAUGUUAAAACUUAUCUCAAUUAAGGAUCAACACUUUGACGACGUUUUCAACAAAACACCGGUGGAAAUCAGAAAGAGUUCUGUUUGAAAACCCUUUGAAACUAUAAUUUUCAUGAAGAAAUCCUAGAAAUAGUAUUAGCUUACUUUUUUUUAAAUUUUCUUUUUCACUGACAUUUUAAACUUUCCAGAAUUGAAAAAGGGCUGAUUAGAAAGGAAUAAUCAGUUGCAACUUCACCAAAAAAUCGACCUUGAUCUGCUUAUAGUCGGUCCUUAAGCAAGAACUUUCAGAAAUAGCAAAACAUAGAAAGAGGAAAUGCAGGAUUUUUAGACUUCUUUGCAACAUUUUCCCACCACUUCUGCAGUGGGUGAUCGCGAUUGAACUACAAGAUCUAUUCAAUUUUUUUCUUACUUGAUCUGUAUUGCUGUGACAAUUUUUUUUUGUUACUAACACCACUUUGCCGAAUCCGCCUUUUUUUAUUCGAGGCGAUCAACUCUUCUCCAUUUUUUUAUUUUUCUUUAAAUUAUUUUUUUACUGUUUCAACUCCACUUUUUUCUGGCUGGCAUGAGAUCUCUCCGGCUUUUUGAUGUCCUAUCACUCACGCAUGUUGUGUGUUCUUUCUUCUAACCGCCCGAAUUUUGAUUAUUUUUUUCUAGCCAGUUCUGUUGCUUCUUUUUGCUAACUUUGGUUUACUGUUCUUUCUUUUUUUUCGGACUUUGCUUCAGCGCACUUCAGCAUGACUAACUUUAUGUAUACAAAAAAUAUAUUUCUAAAAAAAAUAUAGGCAUGGGAAUGCUCUCAGCAAGAAGCACUCAUGUUCAAUAUUUGUCGAGAGGCGGAUACAUCAGGAAAAUCUAUGAACCAUCCGAAAUAGGGAAAUCAAAUCUGAGAAUUAAUUGUUGGUAGCUGUUUAUAGCUUAGAAAUGCAGAAAAACACUCUUAGAAAAAAGUCAUUCUACCUUGAACUUCAGUAAUUCGCAAUUACGGCCCAAAAUAACUCAAGAAGAACCUCACUGAUUCUUAUAGAACUUUAAAUAAAACUACGUUUUUUACUUUGCGUUUCUUGAAAUUGACAAAAAACUCAUACAUAAAACAAUUUUUUUGAACUCGAUUUUCAAUCAAUAUUUGAAGAAUAUUUCACGACUGAUGUAUCCACCAAAAGAGUUACUUUGAUUUUGAAAAUUUUCACUAACUUUUGUUUUCCAGCCAAUUCCUGCCACCAAGUUCUACAUGGUGAUAGCGGCCUUAUUUGCAUUCGAUUUUUUUAUCGUCUGUGUGUGGAUUUUUUUGGACCCACUGCAGCCUCGAGAAGAACGAUUUCCUCUUCAGGUUUCUCUUGAAACUAUACUUUUUUUCAUCAUUCCAAGAUUUCCAGGACGCUCCCAUAGGAACGGAUGACGACAUCAUGAUCCUUCCUAUCAUUUAUCACUGUCAGAGCGCCCAUCAAGAAGUUUGGAUAGGUUUGUUCACUUCAAAGUUAAAAAAUUAGAUCAUUGUAUCAAAAAAUGCAAAAUAAGGAAAGUUUUUCCAGGAAUUCUACUGGGUUACAAGUGCCUGUUGCUUGUUUUUGGCCUUUUCCUGUCCUACGAGUCUCGGAAUCUCAAACUCCGUUUUGUCAAUGAUUCUCGACUGGUUGGACUCGCCAUUUACAACGUCGCCAUUGUGACUUUGAUAACUGCUCCUGUGGUGACGUUGCUUAUCCGGGGACAAGCCAACGCCAACUUUGCUUUCAUAUCUUUAACAGGUAUGGGAUUUCUUGAGAACCUGCUUUUUUAUUUCCUGAACCAGACAAGUUCGUAGAAAAAGUCCAUUCAUUGUCUGCUAUUUUAAUAUUUCCACUCUUUAUUUAAUUCUAGAGUCUGAGCAUAGCCUGAAGGCGUCACUUUUUGUCUUAAGCUCGUCGAAGAUACGACUUUCCUGAAAAAAACCCCGCGUUUGCUCUUGUUUUCUCCCGCUCAAAGGUCAUUGCCCAAUUUCCCAGCACUCCCAUUGUCCAAAGACGAAAAAGAAUAGCUUGCCCUAAAAGGUUACUUGUUUUCAGUCCUGAUAUGUACUUACAUCUCGCUGGGCCUGGUUUUCGUCCCCAAAAUCAGGCACAUUUACAAAGUGCCGCCGAGCGCCGACGAGGUCAGUUUUUCGCUCUCUUUCGCAUGAUGAAGGACUUCUCCAGGAUUUAUAGAUUCGGAAAAAGACAUAUUGAGGAUAAACAACAAGGCUUCUUUUUUUUGAAAUUAAAACAAAAAGGGGUCGAUAGCUGAAGAAUCCCAUUUGGUAGGUCAUCAUUGGAAUUUCGAAAAUUCCAACAGUCCGCCAAACUGCUACCGAUGAACUGAAUGUAAUUCCUCAACCUGAAAAAAUCAAUCUAAAAAUUAUUUCUAACAGUGACGACCUCAUGGGAAGAUGGGCUUCUUCAUUAUAUUUUAUAGAAUGACCAGCGUUAUUCAGUUUUAAAAAAAAAAAUAUUUAAUCAUGGUUUUUGAGGUCAAAAUUUGAAUAUUUGUAACCUAAAUUUUUUUUUCAGGAUCAAUGAAAAAUUAUGGAUUUUAGAUUCAAAUCAGUGGAAAUGGAUUGGUAAAAACCUUAUCAAAGCCAGAUCAGAGACGAUAUGAACUUCUCCGACAAGAGAAUGAGAGUUUGCAGGCCCAAAUUAACGAGGUUCGUUCAUAAGUGUUUUUUGAGCUUCAGAAUCUUUUUCAAACAAAAAAACCAUCACAGCUAACUUAUCUUUUGAAAAUAAUGGAUUUUUUUUAGCGUGGCUCUUUUUUCAUCCACUUCGAUUUUUCUGUUGUAUUCAAAAAAGACUUAGACCUUCGAUAUUUGAAAUAAUUCAGAAAGAGCGACGGAUCAGCCAAUGUCGUGAGCGGCUCGACGCAUUGAGUUCGAAAGACGGUGCGGAACCGCAAACGCCACGCAACCGCAACAACAACAUUGUCAGCAACAAUAAAAGCGUCUCCGGUUGGUUUUAAUCCUUUAAAAAUAACUUCUUAACGGGAAAAUGACAAGUUUCCACUCUUCAACUAGAAAUGUUCUGAUAAUCGUUUGAAAAUGUGGUCAGCGUACAGCUUCGAUUUUUUACUGAGCCAAAAAAAGUUUAUAUUCCUUGCCAUCACUAGUUUAAUAACUUUGAAAAAUAUCAUCAGGUGAGCUACAGAGUUUUUUUUUUCGAAAAAAACGAAACUUCCUCCAAAACUUUCAAAAAAUAAUCAUCCGAUUUGGAAUAAACUCUCGAUUUUUCAGAUGAAGCCACAUAUUCAACACCGACGACGUUAACGACAACAGCUCUCAUAGAACUACAGCCAAGCGGUGAAAGUGCAGGUUGAUACUAAAUUUUGGGAUAAAUCAAAAAAAUUUCCAGGUACAGGUCGGUACAACGACGACGAUGAAGAUCGAUGUUCAACGUCUUCUGAUGAAAUUCUGCUUUGA